GAACUCAUGGGGUUGAUAACUUGCAUUCGCGUUACUAUGUAUAUAAAGGCGUCAAAUGUUGCAAUCCAAUAUUAUUUGCAAAUAUGAAAGUAUUGUGGUUAUUAGCUCUUGGCUGCUUAGCAGUAUCGGCUUCUAUCUUUGACGAAGAUGAGGCACGCAUCCAUGGUGAAAAUGGCUGGUAUGUGCCACAAGAAGAUGGCUCUUUUCAGUGGAUAGACAGAGAAAAAGCCGAAUCCUAUCUUGAAGCAAUGGAAAAUGUAGAAGAUUUUGGCUUAACUACUACUCCCGUUAAAUUCUAUUUGUAUACUAAAUCGAAUCCUAGCAAGGGUAAAAAGAUUACCGCUUCGGACAAAUCCAUUAAUGCUUCCAACUUCAAUCCUGCCCAUCCCACUAGAUUUGUGAUACACGGUUGGACUCAAAGCUAUACUGCCGGUAUGAACAAGGAAAUUCGCGAUGCCUGGUUGAGUUUGGGUGAAUAUAAUAUCAUCGUUGUUGAUUGGGCACGUGCCCGUUCUGUUGACUAUGCCACUUCCGUACUUGCUGUACCCAAAGUUGGCAAAAAAGUAGCCAAUAUGAUUGAUUAUUUGGUGAAAAACUAUGGCAUGUCUUUGGAUACGUUGUAUGUUAUUGGUCACAGUUUGGGUGCUCAUGUUGCUGGUUAUGCUGGCAAGAAUGUUAAGACUGGUAAAAUUCAUACCAUUAUUGGUUUGGAUCCUGCCUUGCCUUUAUUCCAUUACGACAAACCCAAAAAACGUUUGGCAAGCUCAGAUGCUUUCUAUGUGGAAUCCAUACAAACCAAUGGUGGUGAAUUGGGUUUCUUGAAACCCAUUGGUAAAGGUGCUUUCUAUCCCAAUGGUGGCAAGUCACAACCUGGUUGUCCUUUAGAUGUUGCUGGUGCCUGUUCCCAUGGUCGUUCUUGCACAUACUAUGCCGAAGCUGUUGCCCAAGAUAAUUUCGCCACCAUAAAGUGUCAAAAUUAUAUGGAUGCUGUUGGCGAUCGCUGCGGUGCCACUUACAGCUAUGUACGUAUGGGUGCUGAUAAAAAUUCCUUUAUGGUUGCUGGUGAAUUCUAUGUACCAGUCAAUAGCAAAGCUCCCUUUGGAGUAUUAGGUUAGAUUAUAAAUCACUGUGUGAUAGGUAAAUAUUAAAUUGACUAAUGCAUUAACAUGAAAUUUGAAAUAAAUUGCGUUUUACUGA